UUAUGAAAGACAACUUGACGAGUUUCUGUUGCGAUUAAAAAAUGGCGGCAGACGCGAUGGCAACGGACCUAACAAAGCGACACUUGGACGAAAUGGAAAACGGCGGCGACAAAAUCAAGAAGGUGAAGUUGAGCGACGGCGAUGACUACCAGCACCUCGCUUCGUUCGAGAACUUUGUGCCGCGAAGAGUCCUGAGCGAGGACUCGCGCACAAAGUUCAUGUCCGUCGAAGGGACGUUUGGCAAGUCCACCGACACCGCGGUUGUGGUCGUCGAAAAACGUCCCUUCAGCAAGGAAAAAUACGAGGCCGUUUUCACCGGGGACACGAAGCUGGAGGAAAUCUUCCACAACGACAUCUACACAUCCUACAACGGCACUUUGGCGUCGGAUGUUCAUGGACUCACAGCGACGGUGAUCUGGCCCGCAACCCAGAAACAUGUCGACAAGUACCUGCCAAAGACCCAGUACAUGGUCGCAGAAACACCGCAGCUGUACAAGGAAGUCACGGAGCCUUACAUCACAUCACAGCAGUUUUCACUGCAGUGGGUGUGCAACAUCCUGGAGCACAAGAAGGAGACAGAGCGCAUCCUCUACGAGGACCCGGACCAGGAGACGGGCUUUGUGCUGCUGCCCGACAUGAAGUGGGACACAAAGCAGACGGAGAACCUGUACGUGCUGGCCGUGUGCCACCGGCGCGGCCUCCGCUCCCUCAGGGACCUCACCCAGGAACACCUCCCCCUGCUGCGCAACAUCAGAGACAAGGUCUACGAGGCACUCAUGGAGAAAUUCCAGGUUCCCUCUCAGAGGCUGAGGGCCUACCUGCACUACCAGCCUUCCUACUACCACCUGCACGUGCACUUCUCCGUGCUGGGCUUUGAGGCGCCCGGCACGCAGGUGGAGAGGGCGCACCUCCUCUCCACGGUCCUGUCCAACCUGGAGAUGUGCGGGGACUACUACCAGAGGGCCACGCUCGGUUACACGGUCAAGGAAGGGGACAGCCUCUGCGACAAGUUCAAGGAAGCCGGGUACUUCGACAAGCCGGAGGAGAAGCCCGUCGAAUGACCCUGCCCCGAGGACUAGCUGUCUUCUUUUAUUUGUUUCUAUUUUAUUAAACAGCCACACGCAGGCAGAAA